AUGUCCGUCCUCUUCUUUCUCCUCUUGUUGUAUGCUUUGUACAUCGCGUCGAUUCCUUUUCGCGUGAGCACCACCCUGAAGCCCGCCCAGCAGCUAAACCGCUCCCUAAGUCGAAGGAGCAUCAUCAGCUGUUGGCCCGUCCCUGCGUUGCCUGCGUUAUCCCUCCUCCUCUGCGACUCCCUCAAGGCCGGCCGGGCCUCCUUCCACCCAGCGAAGAGCUUCCUCAGCCACUCAAUCGACAUGCGCUAUCCUCAGCGUCUUCAGUGUAUCCUUGGAGUCGGGUGCCGCCUGUGCUACUUUGCUGAUCGCCGUCCCCGUCUGCGCUCGCGCUACUCUGAGGAACCAUCUGGCCUGCUCCCUAUUCCCCAGGCAGGCGCCGCUAAGCAAAAGUGCGCCAUUGUCGCCCUAGGCGGGUUCUCAUCUUCCUCGGUCCAUUGCUGCGCGGCUUUCCGCACGAUCGGACACAGCGGGUCUCGCUUUAGUGCCGCCCUCCUCGCCGCGUCCCUCGCGGCCUUACAGUAUACAGACGAGGCAGCCCCUUGA